CAGACCGGGCCGGCGCCGGAAGUGUGCGGUUGCCAUGUAAUAUCCUGGCCGCGCGGGCGCGAGAGGGGCUGAGGCUGCGCCCGGGCGGGCGCGGAGCUGGCGAGAAGGCUGCGGAGGCGGUGCCGACGGGGCCAGCUGAAGCGCGCGGGGGCUCGGCGGCGCCCGGGAGCCUGUCGCUUGCGCUGUUUCUCCGGUUCGCUGGGUCCCAACGGGAAGUCCGACGGCGGAAGGCAGAAUGUCGGUGGCGGGGCUGAAGAAGCAGUUCUACAAGGCGAGCCAGCUGGUCAGCGAGAAGGUCGGAGGGGCUGAAGGGACCAAGCUUGACGAUGACUUCAAAGAGAUGGAGAAGAAGGUGGAUGUUACCAGCAAGGCUGUGGUGGAAGUGCUGGCCAGAACCAUCGAAUACCUGCAGCCCAACCCAGCCUCACGGGCCAAGCUGACGAUGCUCAACACGGUAUCCAAGAUCCGUGGGCAGGUGAAGAAUCCUGGCUACCCGCAGUCGGAGGGCCUGCUGGGCGAGUGCAUGAUUCGUCACGGGAAGGAGCUGGGUGGCGAGUCCAACUUCGGCGACGCCCUGCUGGAUGCAGGGGAGUCCAUGAAGUGCCUGGCAGAGGUGAAGGACUCCUUGGACAUAGAGGUCAAGCAGAACUUCAUCGAUCCCCUGCAGAACCUGUGCGACAAAGACCUGAAGGAGAUCCAGCACCACUUGAAGAAGCUAGAGGGCCGCCGCCUGGACUUUGACUAUAAGAAGAAGCGGCAGGGCAAGAUCCCCGAUGAGGAGCUGCGCCAGGCCCUGGAGAAGUUCGAAGAGUCCAAGGAGGUGGCUGAGACCAGCAUGCACAACCUCCUGGAGACUGAUAUUGAGCAGGUGAGCCAGCUCUCUGCCCUGGUGGAUGCCCAGCUGGAAUACCACCGGCAGGCCGUGCAGAUCCUGGACGAGCUGGCCAGCAAGCUUAAGCGAAGGAUGCGGGAAGCCUCUUCGCGCCCCAAGCGUGAAUACAAGCCCAAGCCCCGGGAGAGCUUUGACCUUGGAGAGCCUGAGCAGUCCAACGGGGGCUUCCCGGCCCCCAAGAUCUCAGCUUCAUCAUCUUUCCGAUCUUCCGACAAGCCCAUCCGGACCCCCAGCAGGAGCAUGCCGCCGCUGGACCAGCCAAGCUGCAAGGCACUCUAUGACUUUGAGCCCGAGAACGACCAGGGGCCCAGUCCCCUAAGGACAGGCCCUGUCCUCAGCUGCAGGGUGCUGAGCCCUACACACCCAUGCGCACCCUACCCCUGA